GCUCGCCGUUUGCAGAAUUUACAGAAAGCAGAUUCAUGGCUGCGAACACCCUGUGCACCCUUGCUUGGAAACCCAUUCCCUCUCCUCGCUCUUCCAUCUCCACUAUCAAGGUCAACUCAACUCGGUCAAACUCGCCAUUGAUUCACCUCAACGCCAGCUCUUCUUCUUCUUCGCCGUCGUCGUCUUCUUUUUCUUUAAGCUGGUUUAACGCAGUUAAUCUCGAAAAUCGCUUGCCCAGACGCGGCGCCUACUUUGUGUUGGAGUGUCUUCAUUCUUAUUCUUCUUCUUCCACGGCCAAGACCAGACUCUACGUCAGCGGGCUUUCUUUUCGAACAACUGAAGAGAGUUUAAAGAAUGCUUUUCAAAAUUUUGGGCAACUGGUAGAAGUUAAUUUGGUGAUGGAUAAAAUAGCUAAGAGACCAAGAGGGUUUGCAUUCUUGCGCUAUUCUACUGAGGAGGAAUCUCAAAAGGCUAUAAAGGGAAUGCAUGGGAAGUUUUUGGAUGGCAGGGUAAUAUUUGUGGAAGUCGCCAAACCCAGAUCAGAACUCCGGCAAGGCUUUAAAUCGAAUCAGGUGCAAUCCUAAGCUUGCAAAUAAAGGAUUAGGCUGUAGGGGGGGUGGGGAUGGUAGGAAUCUCCAUAGCAUAGACUCAAAUAAAAUCUUGGUAUUAUUUCACUGCUACUUAUGGUUACAUGUAUUUCAAUGUUAUUUAUCUAGAGUAUAAUGAAGUAACAAGAAAUCCAAAAUUAA